AUCCCUUUUGUCCUUUUUCCAGCAAAUUAAGAUUCUCAUUCUCCGCUGGAUAUGUGUGUCUCCUGGCUAGCCCCAGUGUAAAUGGCACACCCUUUGUUUCACCACAGAUAUAUGAUUACUGCAAUCAUUUGUCUGAAUGGCACAGAUUCAUAUAUAUAUACAGCAAGCUAAAGCCUAGAAGCCCUCAAGAUCAGAGCUCAGGCUCUUUCUUUUAUCGUUAAAUCUUAGAUACUCCAUUGCUUCCUGCAAAUUUCUACAAGGAAACCGUCUAAGUUUGACUUAUCUCGUAAAGUUCAUCAGCUACCGCUCUCCAUAUCUACAGUCAAUAUUGCAUCUUUUGCAAGUUCUCUCAAAGGAAGAUUAAUGGGUGAUCAUCCCCCGAAACAGUCAACCUCUGAAGCAGUUUAACGAUGGACGCAGAAGCGAUCAGUAUCGAGUGGGAGUCCAUAAAGAUGAGUGAGCAAGAGGAGGAUCUCAUCCACAGGAUGUACAGGCUCGUCGGCAACAGGUGGGAUUUGAUAGCGGGACGCAUUCCUGGUCGGAAAGCAGAAGAGAUAGAGAGGUUCUGGAUUAUGAAGCACGGUGAAGCUUUCUCUGCUACAAGUCAUUCAACAGCUCUCUACUAAAACCCUCCAAAUAAAUCCACUCGCAUCAUUCUCUCCGUCACACAGGUUAUUGAGCAGAUUUCUUUUUGUUUUAACUUCUUCAAUUUCUAAGAGAUUGUUUUUGUAUAUGAUUUUAUCCUGGCUACAAUAUUGUAUCGCGUAAGCCAAGGAAACGUGGUUGUUUUUUAUUUUUUCACCCCUUAAAUUUUGUUAUAUUCAAA